GCCGACUCAAACUCUGAGGUGAAGCGGCUGCUCUGACUCAUUUGUCCGCUCAGAGGCUGACGGAGCUCCGCUGUGUCUGCGGCCGGAGAACCGCCUCACAUGUUCAUGAAACACACGGGGUGUGAGUCGCUGUAUUAAAGCAGUCAUGGAUGCCAGACGUCAAAGUGUGGCGGUGGAGCGACUCGUGAACGAGUUGGGUUCUCUGCUGAAGAUGUUGGAUCACGAGACUGUCAGCCCUGCCACUGCUGACAAGAUGGCCUCAGUACGCAACAUCCUGGACUCACUGCAGCUUUCUGUCAAUGGAUCAGACGUCUACAUGAACAGCUGUCUCUAUGGCAACGGCACAAGCUUUGUGGAGUCUCUGUUUGAUGACUUUGACUGCGAUUUGCACACGCUCAGCAUGUCUCCAGUGGAGCAGAAAGAGCACAAAGAGGAAGAGGAGAAGACCCAUCCUAAUAAAUCUGUUCCUCAGACACCUACGGACACGCCCCCUCCGCUGCCCACCACCCCACUUCCUGAUGACUAUUAUGAAGAGGCUGUUCCUCUGGAUCCUGGCUCCACGCCGCAGUACUUUACCACCAAUAUGAACACAUCCAGGAACUCAGUGGAGGAUGCUUACUAUGAAGAUGCAGACAACAACUACCCCAUCACCAGGAUUAAUGGCCCCCCUAAAAACUCCUACAAUGACUCAGACGCUCUGAGCAGCUCCUACGAGUCCUACGAGGAAGAGGAUGAAGAGGCAAAGGGGCGGGACCGACCUCGGCGAUGGGCGGCCGAGGAGAGUCCAGACGGACCGGUGACAGACUGUCGCAUCUGUGCCUUCCUGCUGCGAAAGAAACGCUUCGGCCAGUGGACGAAACAGCUCGUUGUUGUGCGAGACAAUAAACUGCAGUGUUAUAAAAGCAUCAAAGAGACCACCCCACACACAGAGCUCCCGCUCAACCUGUGCAACGUAAUCUACGUUCCCAAGGAGGGAAAGAAGAAGAGACACGAGCUGCGCUUCUCGUUGCCUGGAGGCGAGGCUCUGGUCCUGGCUGUGCAGAGCAAAGAACAGGCCCAGAGAUGGCUUAAGGUGGUGCAAGACGUUGGCAGCCAAUGUAGCAACACUGAAGGAGCAGAGGGAUCCACCUCCCCCAUGAUACAGAGGAAACUGGAGCUUGACAAGGUGCUGCAGUCUGAGCGACAGGCAUCAGACUCAGACAGCGGGCCAACGGCCGACUGUCAGUCCACUGCACAUGUGCCAGGACGGGACACCGUUGACUCACUAAACCGGGCGAAGCGCGGCGCCUUCUCAGAGCUGACGGGGUCAAUGAGCCGAGCGGCGGGGAAGAAGAUCACUCGCAUCAUAACCUUCUCCAAACGGAAACCUCCUUUACCCGGAGAGCCUAUCUCAUCUUCCGGUCACCAUGACAACCCACGAUGUGGCUUCCUCAGCGUGUGUCUGAGCGGCUCUUGGAAGGAGCGCUGGUGUGUGGUGCGAGGAGGAAGCCUGUACCUGCAGAAAGACCCUGGAGACCAGAAGCCCCCAGUCAUUGUGGUGCCACUCAAAGGGGCCGAGGUGGUGCCCGGUGGCCCCGGACCCAAACACCCUUUCUCUUUUCGCAUCCUGCAGGGAAGCAACGAACUGGCAGCUUUAGAGGCCAGCUGCUCAGAGGAUCUUGGCCGGUGGCUCGGUGUGUUGUUUGCCGAGACCGGGAGCUGCACUCUCCCUGAAGAACUGCACUAUGACUACAUCGACGUGGACACGCUCACAGACAUACGGCACGCUGCCAGGCACUCCUUCCUGUGGGCCACCAGCACUGCUGCUGCUUCCUCUAGCAGCGCCUCCAUAGACUCCAGAACUUACGAUGAGGUCUAUGAAAGUAUUGAGGACGGGAACGCUGAGAGCAAGCCGGGUCAGGUGAGACGCCACGCCUCCUUCUCCAGCAGAGACUCUGAGAAAACUGAACAGCAGGCCACCAUCAAGAGACACGUCUCCAAUGUAAAUCACUACGCAAAGUAUGGAAAGACACGAGCGGAAGAGGACGCCAGGCGUUACCUGACACAACAGGAGGAGCUGGAGAAGCAAAAGGAAAAGCUGAGGAGCGAGCUGAUCGCCCUCCGCAGGGAGAAGAAGGAGGUGAAGGAGAAGAUGAAGAAUGGCACAGGUCACGCUUUGGAGAAGCGGAUUGCCAAGCUGGAGGCGCAGUGUAAACAGAAGGAGGAGGAGAGGGUGGAGCUCGAGCUCAAACUGACAGAAGUCAAAGAAAACCUGAAGAAAUCUUUGGCUCGCGGAGCGCUGGGCCCGCCUACCGACACCAAGAUCAUCGUUAAGGCGCAGGGCAGUAAAGUGGAAAAGGUUUACAACGAGACGAUGCCAGUGAACUCAGCAUCUGAGCUUCGCAAACGCCCUCCAUCUCUUUACGCCUCCUCGAAGGGGAAUGUCAUGCAGAAGGCAAAGGAGUGGGAGUCAAAGAAGGGGACCUAGGCUGAACAUCAACAGACUGACAGGUUCAUUUAUGGGGGACAAAAAAAAACCCCUGAGCUGUGGCGGGAGGAUGUGUAAAGGAAGGAAAAGGUGAAGAAUGUGCUGCACUGAGAAGAGGAAAGACACGACAGACACUUUCUAACCUCCUUAUCUGAAGAAAAGUGUGGAAUAUUUGCAUGUAAAGGCCGCACAGUGCUGCCUCCACCACUGUAAACAUGACAGACGUGACCGAUGCACACGUGCAGUAUUACUGUGGAUCAACAUGAACGUGAAAAAUCCAUGAAUUUCUAUUGUGUUUACAUUUGCACUGUGAGCUCAGAGUUACAGAGCAGAUUUUUCUACACACACACACACACACACUGAUUUUAUUCCCUUUUACACCAUAUCUGUCACUGUAAAAUAAAAAAAAAGAAAAUGAUCUUUCCCUUAAAUUUAAUGUACCAGUAUGAGUAGGAUCUCAUAUUCUGUGAUGUGUAUUUAAAUCAUAAAUAAGAUAUAUUGAGUAUGACACUGUUCCUUAAACCAGUGGGUAAAUUUUUAACUAUUGCAAUGUGAAACACUUUUUUUUCCAUAUUUGCCUUUUUGCACUUUAUCUUGUAUUCUGUGAUUUGAACAACUGUUUUGUAAAUUAGCCUUUGUAUCUCUCUAAUUACACGGGGAUAAAGUGAUCUCUUUAUUACUGAA